AUGCCUAGCUCUUCGAGCUCUCACUCCUACUCAUCACCCAAGCUGGGUCCCGCUGCCAUCUACAGCACCCACUCUCCCACUGGAUCGCCUCGACCCCUCUUUGCUCAGCAGCUUCCUGGCACCCUAUCGCCAUAUCGAGAUGCUUCAGCUCGCUAUGCUCAUAUUGGCAGCCCGAGGAUCAGCUCGUUGAGCCGUGAGGCUACCGCCGCUCUCACAGGCAGCAACUAUCCCACAUCCUUGUCUCGACCCACCUCACCAACGCCAGGCUCACCUUCGCACUCGCCGAGCAGCGACAGCGGCGAAUCUAGCGGCUCUUCUUCUCGAGGUUCUUCUUCUCGAGGCUCGCGUGGCCUUGCCUAUCAUGAUGGUCACGACAAUAGUCAGCCUCUUCUAACUCGGAGCGACUCGUCCAGUCGCAUAGCUGGUCCUUCGCGUCAUGCCGAUCCUAACGAUCCUGACGAUCCUGACGAUCCUGACGACCACGGCGGUUCCACGUCAGCUGGCGGUCCAGGCGGCGUCAAGACUGAUUCCCCAAGUGGUCUCAAGCGUGUUCACCAGUUGCAACCAAUAGAUACCAAAAGUGAGUAUAUGCCUCCCCCCUUCCCCUUGCUGUUCUGGUUGAGCGGCCAUGCAUCCUUGUUUCUCUCCGACUCUUUCCGACUGCAACCAGCAAGCUUUCGAUCAUCAGCACAGGCGUCAUUCCGACUCAGCUUUCCGUGA